AUGUCGUCUACAGUAAUUAAAGGCGCCGCAACGGUUCAGAGGAACAAAACUCCGACGAAUCCAACUAAUCGAUAUGGAUUUCACAGAGAACCUGCGAGUAAUACAGUAGACGAGGCCUCGAGUGGUAGUAAAUCACAGAAUAAUUCUGUUCGUCGUUCGCCCACGAAACCGUCAAUUAGCCCCACUGGAUUCAAGAGGCCAUCUUCUUCCAUGGCCGCCGGUUCUGCGAUGAAACUCGAAAACCAAUACAUGCUGAAGAAGAAGCGGUUCCAGCAGUUACGGAAAGAUUUACUCGAUAAACAAAAAGUCGCUCAGGAUAUCUACAACGAGAUGUCGCAGCUUCGGGAGAAGGUGAUCGCCUGCGGGGCGAAGGAUCCAGGCAAAUUGGAUGAGCUGAGGAUCGAAGUGGGGGUUACCAAACAUGUUACUACUCCGUUGGAACCGGUCACGCAGACGGAACCGGUGAUCAAGUUCGAAGAGAAGCUUGUCAUCGGUAGGAAGUUCCUCGAGAACUUGGAGAAGCAGCUGCAGGAGAUGCCGCAAAAAUCGCAGAACUUUUGUCGGGAGAUAGCGAGGAAGCAGACGGAGUUUGUAGCGUUCGUGAAUUCGCGGUUGAAGACCAACACCGAGGAAUGCGACGGAGAUAACGCGAACGCUGAGAUGACCACACAGUUGGAGGCGCACGAGAAAGAGAACGAGAUCCUGCAGACCUGUUUAGAGGAGAUGCAAUCGGCAGAAGUGAAGACGAUCGCGGAAAUAAUGAAGACUGCUCAGGAUAUGAUAGAAGAGUUCGAGAACGAUCGGGUGAAGUUAUUAGAGUCGAAAAACGUGGAAGGUCAAAAAGAGCUGCAGAGCCAGCUGGAAGCCGUCAAGGAGGAGUUGAAAUUGGAACGGGAGAGGAGCCACCAGAGCAAGGAACGUAUGCGACAGGCGGACUCGCAGCUGCAGAAGGCGCGAGUGAAAAUACGCGAGCUGGAGGCGCACGUGGAGAACGGCGAUGGAAAGAUUCAAUUGCUGCAGGGGAAUCUGAAAAGCUUAGAGACUCAGAUGAAGCAGAAGGAUAUGGCCAUGGAGUUGAAAUUAAAGGACAUGCAGAAAACGAUGAAGAGCAGCGAGAAUCUGGUCAAUAAGGUCGAAAAGCAGAGGGACAGCUUCGAGACACGGCUGAUGGAAAUAAGGGAGAAAAUGAGUUUGAAGGAAAAUGAGACAAUGAGUACAAUCAAAGAGCUAUCGGAGAAAUUGAAUGUCAUGUCUUGCACAAUUAGUGCGGAGAGACAGAAAAGGCAGCAAGCCGAGGAGGCGUUUAACGAGCUAGAGGAACGCUACAAACAACUUGAAGAGAAGAGCAACCAACUAUGCGAACUUGCAGAAAAGAACAAGGAUUUUACUAUAAUAGAGGGAAAUCAUACGGAGAAUGAUGUCCGAUUGUUCAACGAGCUACAGGAGACAAGGGCGGAAUUGGAGGUCCAGAAGCGGAUGAUAGCGCAGCUACAGACAGAAAAAGAGGAGAUCGUGACAGUGAUGCACCAAGCGGCCAGCCACGACGAGGAUGAGGAUUCAAGAGAGAAAUUGGCUGUCGAAUUGGUGACGAAAACGACCCAGCUGAAGGAGUUGAUUAUGCAGAAUUCUGAAUUGAAGAGAUUCGCAAAAAACGCCCAAGAAAAAAAUGGGACCUUAGAAAAGCAACUGAAAGAGAUUCAGGCGAGGCUACAAUCGCAAACGAAAGAGGGUGGCAAAGCUGGAUUGAACGCUUACGCCAUCGAUCUUCAACAGCAGGUUUCCGAUCUUCGCCAUAACGUGGCGGAACUGAUGCAACAGAACGUAGAUUUGGAGAAUGCACUGACGCAGAAGCAAUUAGAGCUGGAGCAGCGUGACCGUGUGAUGCGUGAACAGAGCAAGUUCCUGAAGGUUCGGGACGAGUUGCUUGACAUUCUGAAAGGCAAAGUCGAACAACAGAACGGCGAGCUGUCGAAUAGCGACGAGAACAACGAAUACAUUGAACAGAUAGCCGCGAAGACGGAGGCAAUUCAGAAGUUGUUCACGACUCUGAAGGAGAAACAGAUGCAGAUAAUGCGUCUGGAGAAGAUGGUGAAACUGAUGGAGGACCAGCAGGACCGUGCCCAAGCUCAACGCACGCGUUUGGAGAACCGUAUCGCACAGCUAGAGCUGGCUCUGCAGAGGAACAAGGAACAACGGGGUAAAGGCUUCAGCAUCCUGUAA